GAUGCGAACAUGAUCAGCGCUGAUGGCUUCCCAAAAUGUGAGGCUGUGCGGAAAGAGAGAGGGAGAAGGCCUCCUGCAGAGAUGCUUCACCUUCUCUCGGCUAUCAUUGUGUGGCUUGUAACAGGGACCACCAUCUCCAGUCUGAACAAAUGGAUUUUUGCCGUCUACAACUUCAGGUACCCUUUACUGUUAUCGGCCCUGCAUAUGCUGACAGCCAUUGUUGUUGACUAUGGGCUGAUCAAACUGAGGGUGAUCCGCCACAGAGGAGUUGGAGAGCAGAACCUGACCCCCAGUGCCAAAUGUAAGGUGUUCCUGUUAAGUUUGACAUUUUGUGCCAGUAUCGCCUUUGGCAACAUGGGUCUGAACUAUGUCCAGCUGUCAUUCGCCCAAAUGAUCUACACUACCACCCCACUCUUUACUCUCGCGAUCUCCACACUGAUCUUGGGCAAACAGCAUCAUAUCCUUAAAUAUACAGCCAUGAUGCCCAUCUGCCUGGGAGCCUCCUUCAGCAUCAUGGGUGAGGUCCAGUUUGAUCAGACUGGCUGCUUCUUUGUAUUUGCAGCCACUAUGUUGAGGGGUGUCAAGACUAUUCAGCAGAGUAUCCUGCUCCAGGAGGAGAAGAUCAACUCGGUGUUCCUGCUCUACCUGAUGUCCAUUCCCAGCUUCUGCAUCCUGGCCGUCGCUGCUCUGGCUCUGGAAAACUGGGCCAUGCUGGAGUCUCCGCUCCACUACGACCGUCACCUGUGGGUCUUCAUUCUGCUCAGCUGCCUGGGCUCCGUCAUGUACAACCUGGCAAGCUGCUGUGUCAUCACGCUGACCUCCGCUGUCACGCUGCACAUCCUGGGCAACCUCAGUGUGGUGGGAAACCUGCUGCUCUCUCAGCUGCUCUUUGGCAGCGAGUUGUCUGCUCUGAGUUGUGUUGGCGUGGCGCUCACGCUGUCCGGCAUGCUCAUCUAUCAGAACUCAGAAUUCAUCGCCAGCUACUUGAGUGCCCGCCAAGCCAAAGCUAAGGGAUCAGGAGAGAGAGUUUUCCGUAACGGAAACGAGGACGACACGGACAACGCCAUCACAUCCGAACUAACCUCAUCGAGCCAUCCAAACAGAAUGGAUGGGAAAAUGGAAAAACAGAUAAACUGAACUCAAGCCGGCGAAGAGGAUAAGAAUGUCGAAUGAAACCCUGGUUGUAGUCGGCUAUCCAUAUUUGGUUAGUUGCAUGAAACGGUGGCGAGGAGUAGAAGACGGACUGACCUCAUGAUGCCAUCGUCAAUUAUGACGUGACUCAAGCUUGUCAAGUUCGGUUCUGUGUACGUCUCCGUUCUGCCAAUUUAUUCAUUUCUCCUGUGGUCUGACGGUGCCGUUUGCAAAGAGGAGCGACCAAGAAAAAGGUUGCCUUUAUCACGGUGAUGAUUCAGUUCUCUCCUUUAUCCUGUACUCUUGUAUAGCCUGUAGUGGUAUAUGCAUGCGUGAGCACACUAACUCUUUGAUACCUCAUGUCAUGACGUAUCGCCACUGUCUCUUAUACGCGUCACUGUGAAAAUGUUCUCGUCUACAGAGAACUCUACUACAUGGGCUGAGUGAUGUAGGUGUCUUAGUCUAAUAAUAACAUGGGACAGACUCAGAGCAUUGUACCCUAAAUUUGAACGGGCACAAAAGAUUUUAAAAAAAACACACUCGUGGUACUGCUGUACUCUUAUCUGUCUCGCACCCGGACCUGCAGAUGCAGGGGACUGGGUUUUCUGGCAGCUUCUUUGUGUAAAUGUUAUGUGGGGAGAGCGUUAAAAAGAAAAUACGGCAUUUGAUGCGGUAUUAAAAGUUUGUUUCUAGGGAGUUUACGUGGACGGACACACGCAGGCCAGCCUGGGAGACGGCGUGGCAUUUGUUCCGUCCAAGUCAGUUGUGUAUUUUAGUUAGAAAAGCACAGAUCUCACAGGAAGCCUGAAUCCUCUCCCGUCUCACCCCAUGCAUAUGGUCCUCAGCGCAACCUAUCGGUUAUGGCCUAGAUUUUUUUUUUCUUUUUUUUUUUUUUCUAUACCAACUUGGAGGAAAAAAUGGCCUCUGCAGAAUUAGUCCAAUUAAUUUCACCUUUUACAAUAUCACUUAUAGUGCAGCAUGCCUUCAUUAUUAGGUUCAUGAAGCCUCUAAGGAGUCCCACUCAGCUUUAGCAGUGUGUUCCCCAUGGAAAAGAGGAGAGGAAAGAUUGAGUUUCCCUUCAUGGUUUCCACUUGAGUCGAACCGAUGUCGUCUCUGCUAGGUCUCGUUUUUCUAUUCCGCUAGUGCCUCUGUUUUAUUGUUUUAUUUUAUUUUGUUUUAUUUUUUUAACGAGUACAUAUUGAACAUUGACCUCAGUGGAGCAGAGCUACAGUGUUUUCUUUCAGUGGUUAAUAUCUAAUGUAUUUUAAUGACAUGAUUUUCUGGUCACAAAACAAUUUUAUGCCCCAACAUUAUCAGGGUGGAUGAUCUAAUUUGCUGCCAAAUGACCAUAACAGUCAUGGGUUUUGAAAAGAUGUCUGUUGGGCCCUGAAAUUUUUCCCCAAUUUCAAAUUAUCAAUUCCGUUGCCUACCAACACGGGGAUCGUCGGUUCGAAUCCCCGUGUUACCUCCGGCUUGGUCGGGCGUCCCAACAGACACAAUUGGCCGUGUCUUUGGGUGGGAAGCCAGAUGUGGGUAUGUGUCCUGGUCGCUGCACUAGCGUGUCCUCUGGUCG